AUGGGAAGAGCUCCGUGUUGUGAGAAAAUAGGACUCAAGAGAGGGAGAUGGACUGCCGAGGAAGAUGGGCUCCUUACUGACUAUAUCCAAACCAAUGGUGAAGGUUCUUGGCGGUCUUUGCCUAAGAAAGCUGGACUGUUGAGAUGUGGAAAAAGCUGUAGACUAAGGUGGAUAAACUAUUUGAGAAGGGACUUGAAAAGAGGAAAUAUAACAGCCGAGGAAGAAGACACCAUCGUCAAGUUGCAUUCCCUUCUCGGCAACAGAUGGUCGCUUAUUGCAACACAUCUACCAGGAAGAACAGACAACGAAAUUAAAAACUAUUGGAACUCACAUCUCAGCCGCAAAAUCUACGCUUUCACUGCGGUCACCAAAGAUGGGCAGAGUCUAAACGUCGAUGAUUUAUUAGCCCUAAAUAAAUCCGCUUCUUCUUCCUUGGGAGCCAAGAACACGAACAAGACCAAGAAGAAGAAAGGAAGAACUAGUAGGUCAUCCAUGAAGAAACACAAGCAAAUGGUGACGGCCUCACAAUGUCUCCCGCAACCGAAAGAGCUAGAGAGUGAGAUCAGUGAGGAAGGGAACAAUGUUAAUCUCGAAGGAAAGUCUUUGGGGGCAUACGAGUGGUUGGAUGGUGAGAUAGAGCGGCUCAUGAGUAGUUUCGUCUGGGAAAGUACUAGUGAAGAGGCUGUGACUAGAGUGAAUGAUGAUGACUCUGAUCAGAACAAGGUGUGUGAGAGUGGGGACAAUAGUAGUUGUUGUGUGGAUCUGUUUGAGGAAGAGCAGGGAAAGCUUGGUAACCUAGAGGUUGAUCACAAUAUGAAUAUGGAGAAAGACAUAGAGGGGAGUGUUUUGAAUUCGAAUGCAAAUGAAAAUAGUGAUAAAGAAUGGUGGGUUGGUCUGUGUGAUUCUUCAGAAGUUGGUUUUGGGAUUGAUGAUGAGCUGCUUGGUUGGGAGUUUCAAAGUGGUUUGGAUUGUCAAAGUGAUGAUCUCUGGGAUCUCUCAGAUUUUGGAGAAAUACUGCAAGUGGAUAGCAAAUGA